UGCCACCGCUCCCACACCUGGGCCGCCCUGGAUCUGCACACUCAGAGCAAGGUAAAGGACCUAAGACCCAGAGCAAGAGAGUGACUUGUCCAAGAUCACUGGACAGAGUGAGACAGGCUCCAUGGUCAAGGCUGUUUCAAUCUCCCCAAGUGCAGGCUCUGAGCUCUUUACAACCCAAGGCUCUCUCAGUCAGCUUGGUGCCUGCCCGGCUGAAGUCAUGAGGAUCCAUAGCCUUGCCCUAAUCUCGUUUCUCCUCCUGGCUGCCCAAGUGCUCUCAGCAAAGGUCAGGAAUGGAACAAAGAACAGACAGGGCAGCAUACUGGAAGGGGAUCCAUCGACUCCUCUGGGCAAGGACCAGAAUAAGCAGAGAAGCAGGACAUCCAAGUCCAUGACCAAUGGCAAGUUUGCCACCAAAGAUCAAGCUUCCUGCAGAUGGGCAGCGACUGAGCAAGAGUUGGUCAUCAAUCUGAAGGUAGAGUGCACUCGAAUGGACCAGGAGUUUUCUUGUGUCUUUGCUGGGAAGCCAAGUAAAUGCCUAAAGCUCAAUAAUGAGAAGAUUUAUUGGAAACAAAUUGUCCGGACCCUGCGCAAUCAGAAGAACUUAUGUGGGAACUCCAAGAGUGUCUUGAAGACCAGGGUGUGCAAAAAGCAGUUUCCAGAAUCUAAUCUCAAGUUGGUCAGCUCCACCCUGUAUGAGACCCAAAAGCCCCGAGGGGAGAAAACAGAGCUCUCCCACAAGGAGCGUAUUAAGGUCAAAGGCACUUCCUCCUCCGAGCCAAAUGAAGUCAAAGAGAACCUCCAGUCCAGCCCAGCAGAGACCCAGACCGUGGCCGUCAGAGGUCCGGAGUGUAUGGAGGACCCGGAUGUAGUAAACCAGAGGAAGACUGUCCUGGAGUUCUGCGGGGAGUCUUGGAGCUCCUUCUGCAGCUUCUUCCUUACCAUGUUUCAGGGCACGACAUGUUAAUGAGGUCAAAGAGAACAGUUGCAUCAUAAGUCCCGCCCCUGGUGGAACAUUCUUCAAGUUUCCCACAAAACAUGAACUUUUGUGUUAUGGGAGCACAGUUCAAUAUUUAAACAGAUUUUAUACUUUGGUUUUUGUGUUUUGGAAUUUGCUUUCUUUCCACUUCUUUGGAUGUGAUACUCAAAGACUGUAUAUCCCUGUAAUAUCCUUGGUCCGCAAAGCUAUGUGCAUAUGAGCAGCAAAGACUUGUCUUUGAACUGAGCAAACCCGAGUGAGAUUUCAGUCUGAGGCAUUUUCUGCCAAAUUAACAAAGCUAAUAAAGAUCUGGGUGUUCUCAGAAAUACGGUCA